UAGAAAAAUUAUAUUAAGCACAAUUCCUGUAAUAAGCACAAACAAUUCAAGUAAUACAAUUACUCCUGGUAGAAAUGUUUAUCGUAUCAUUACCAAUGGUACUAAUCUUGGAACAAAUAAUGUAAAUAAUAGACUUGCCAUGAAUAAUAUAAAUCAAUCUAGAACAAACUUUCCUAUCGUUUGUAAAAAUAAUGUAAUCAAAUCGAGUAGAUUUUGCGUAUUAAGUAAUAAACCACCUCCAUUACUUGUGAACGGAAGACUUGUUGAACAAAAUACUGUACUAAAUCUUGGUUCUGCUACACGUUUAAUUCAAUCUAAUGUGAAUACUCCCUCUACAGUCCAAAGUACAGUAAAUAUUCAUAAUAAUAGUGUUCAAUCAAAUGGAAAUGGAGAAAUAAAUGAAAUUAGUGAUGAUGAAGUGAUUUGCUUGGAUGAUGAUGAUGAUGAUGAUGAUGAUGAUAAUAAUCAUCAUAAUGACAAUAAUAACAAUGGUAAUGGCAAUAAUAAUAAUGAUGAUGGCAAUAAUUUACAAGGUCUUGAACAUUCUAUAAAUCCCUUAAACCAGUGGGUGCCAUCACAACCACGAGUUAGACAUACUAAUAAUACCAAUAAUAAUGUUACAACCAACAUUUAUAAUUCAUAUAAACAAAAAAAAUACAAACAAAAAACAAAAAAACUCCUUAAAUUAAAAAAAAAAUGUUUAUUUAACUUAAGAAAAGUGGUUUAUUUACGCAACAAUGCACCAUCCACAAAUAUUCCACCUGCAGUAGAAAUGACAGUUACUCCAGAUAUGCCCAUGUCGACUUCUGAUAUGGAUUCUCCUCUAAAUCAGGAAGUAGAGUGUAUUGAUUUAGAUAGUGAGCCAACUGAAUCAUUACUGGUUGAACCAGAGCCACAACCACAACCAGAUCCAGUUCCAGAACCUGGACCAUCAAGAGUUUUACCAGAUACUGGAUUCCAUUUUUUAUUCUCAACUGAUGAAACMGUUGACUUGACCACUAAAGAAGACAAUACUCCAAAAAAAAGAAAACCAAUCAUAAGACAAAAGAAAACUCCUAAGCCCAGAAAGGCUGUAGCUUCUAAGAAACAGACUCGGAAAACUUCUAUUGCUCAACAAAAUCCCAAAAACGAAAGUAAAAUAUUAAGAUCCUCUACAUCAUCAACUAUAGAAAAAAAACAGACUCGAAAAACUUCCAUUGCUGAAAGUAACCUAAGAUCAAAGGGUCAACUAUUAAGAUCAUCGAUUUCACCUAAUGCAGAACAGUUGGAUACAUCAUUAACAAAGCCUAGGCCCAAGAGAGCAUCUGCUAUUGAUAGUGCUGCUGUGAUAAAAAAUUCUGGUUUAUAUAAACUAGGAAAAUGUAUAGAAGGCAGAAGUGGCAAUUGGUCGAUAAAGAUGACAAGUAUUUCAUUACCAAUGUUCCAGUGCCCAAUUUGUCAUAAGUUUUUCUAUAGUUUAAAGUCACGCCAAGAACAUGAAACUUCAAAGCAUUCUUCGCUGCUUGAGUCUAUACAUGAACCUGCGAAUAUUGUUUCUUCCCCUGGAAAUUCAGCYUGUACUCAACAGCUGUACCUUUUUAAUUAUCUGCAACUUUGCCAAACAUCAAAAAAUAAAACAGAAACAGUCCAUCAAUUGGCCAAGAGAAGACACUUGUUGAAAGCAUUUAACUCUUUAAGAAACAAAAUUAUUGGAUUGUUUCAGUGUACUUAUUGCCCAUUUGACACAAAUCUUAUUUUUGCUUGUUGGGCUCACAUGACAUCAUCCCAUUUAAAUUGUGUUUUUGAGAAAAGGUCUUGUUUAUUUUGCUUUGUGUGCAGUCGUAUAUUGACUAAACGUACAACAAUGCUCAAACAUUUAGAUGGUUGUGUAAUUAAACACUAUACAUUACCAAUUAAUAAUUCUUGUGUUCGAUUUAUGUGUGUACAUUGCGAUGAUAGCUUUGAUUCCUUGAUAGAACUUGAUGAUCAUACUUGGGAACAUGAAGACAGGUAUAACUACUAGGGUUAUUAACAUUCAUAUUACUUAUAUAUAUAGUAUAUAACUUACGUAUAUUGUAUAUAUUUUAUAUAUGACUUUUGUAUAAAUUUUUAUUAUUUUUAUAACUUAUAGUGUUAUCAAUUAGAUGUUAUAAGUAUUUCCUAAACUAUUGUUAGUAUUAGAUUGUUCAAAAGUAAUCUGUUUAGAAUUAUGAUUUAAUUUCAAAGAUAAUAGAAUACAAAACUAGUUAUAUAUAUU